CUGCUACAGACAAGGGAAGCGCUUCAGCUGGUACGGAGCCCCGUACGGCGGAGAGACACAGACAAUAGCAACCGAGAUCUAGCUGUCUAUAUGCGGGGAUAAGCGCUGCUAUCUAUUCGUGCCAUUUUUUGUUGGAUUUACCUCCACCGUUUUACCCCACCGGCGGUUUAUCCAGCGCUAUUUUGUCACUAAUGGUGAUCGGAUACUUGAAUUGGUGAUUGUUCACACUAACGCCAUGAGUGGGCUUCUCAAGAGGAAGUUUGAGGAGGUGGAUGAGGACCCAUGCUACUCCUCGCCCUCCUCCCUCUCCUCUGCCUGCUCAGGCUGGGACUCGGAGGGGGAGAGCUGCUACUCGGACACCCUGGAUUCCACUCCCAGCAACCCCAGCUCCCCGGCAACACAUUUCAACACAACAUCCAUUCUUAAGAAAUCAAAGAGAGCACGACGGGGCAAUGUCACCUUUGACCAGGUGACGGUGUUCUUCUUCCCUCGGUGUCAGGGCUUCACCAGUGUUCCCAGUCGAGGAGGAUGCACUCUGGGGAUGAUGCAGCGCCACAGCGUUCUCCGCACAUAUACACUUGCAGAGUUUGCUGUGGAGCAGCGGCUCCUACGCCGGGAAAAAUUCCUCAACAGACUCAGGGAGGAGAAGCUGGAAGCUCUCAAACUGAAGCUGACAAAGAAUGGAACCCAAGAGAACGAGGAGGCAGAGCGGCUAACGGUGGAUGACAUCCCCGAGCAGGACAUUGACAUCAGCGGGGCUAACUUGGAUGAGGGCUCUUUCCUCCAGCCUUACCCGCCUAAACGUCGCUACGCGCUACUCAAAGCAGCCGGCGUGAAGAAAAUCGACAAGGAGGAGAAGAGACAGCUGCACGAUCUGAGGAUCUCCAGGGAGAACUGCGGUUGCGACUGUCAGGGCUUCUGCGAGCCUGAGACGUGUAGCUGCAGCCUGGCGGGCAUCAAAUGUCAGAUGGAUCAUUCCUCUUUCCCGUGCGGCUGCACCAAGGACGGCUGCGGAAACACAGAAGGUCGCAUCGAGUUCAACUCCACCCGGGUACAGACGCAUUACAUCCACACUAUCAUGAAGCUGGAGCUGGAGAAAAGGCUGGAGGAGCAGUCGAGCACAGAGGAGGAAGAGGAGAACGCCACCACCUUACCAGCAGUGCCCUCCUUCCCCUUUAGUUCUGAACUGGCGGCAGCUGGAGAGAACAGUUGCAGCAGCGAUAUGACGGACUUAUCAGACUCUUCGGGUCAGAGCGAGGACUCCGAGGCAGGCGCGAGCCCGUGUGAGCAUCGCACCCCGUUGGAUGUGGAUGAGAAAGGCCUCAGCCGCAUUUUGAGCUUCAGCGACACGGAGAACGGCUCAAGGAGUAGCAGGGACAGUGGGGACUGUAAAGACAUUUGCUCUCCAGAUCAGCGGCAAGAACAACAGCAGCCAUCUACGGAGGCUUUUAGCAGCUUUAGCAUGGUGGACUUCGCUGACGAGAAUGACAAUAUAGAUGCCGCACUGUUGGACGAUCACACAGACAAUCAAGCAACAGCCAUCUCAGAACUUUUGGAUGAAAACGCCAACCAGGGAAACGGCCUAUUCCAUAGCAGUAGUGUGCCACACACGCCGUCCCCGACCAUCGACCGCUCUGCGAGCUAUAACAUGGACCUGAGCCUCUCCUCGGAGUCAGACCUGGAGUUUUUUGAUGGUUUCCCCUGCUUGGGGCCCAGCUCGCUCUACAACUCCCUCAAGGAGUACGAACACAUGGACAACUUUUUUCAGUUUCAGUUGCCUAGUUACCCCAGCCUCCCUCCGGCGAGCGACCCCGGGACCUGCCUCCUGGAGUCGCUGAUUGGCCUUUCAGAAUCAGUCCCAGAGCCCCCCGCCACAUUUACAGACAAUCAGCUGUUGGAGGAAGCCAUGAAAUUGUCUGUGAUGGAGUCUGUGAAAGUUUGACGAAAAUGUGUGGACAGUGCAAGAAAAAAAUAGAAAUAAAAAAAACGGGGGGUUUUGGAGGGGAUCAAACAUGCACAUAAAAAAACGUCAACUUUUGGAGGAAGCUGUGAUUUCCCUUUUGCCUAAUAAAUGUUCAGAUUCCAGACUUGCCUUCAAAACGUUAGCAAAGCAGUUUGGGAUUAUUGCUGUGUGAGAUGGCAGCUAGUGUUAAAAGGAAAUCGAGAUCAAUUUGACCAGGCCCAUAGAAACCAAUGAUGGCUCUCAGUUCCUAAGAAAGCUCUUUUAACCAAACCAAGAUCACCAACCAUAUGCUAAACAGGAAUUCACCUUUAAGGGGCCAGGUUGGGAAUCUCAACACAGCUGAAUGUGCACCUCAGGGAUUUUUCUAGCUUUCUAGCUUUUGGAGGCAAUGUAUGGUGACCAUUGCUGUGAUGGCCUUCAUAUGAAAUCAAAUCGCAAAAGUCUGGUUCAUGUCCUCCCUUUAUUUGGGCUUGAGUAGGUAGGGUCCUCCCUGUGUUGAAUCCUGAAGCUAGCGGACUCUUUCUCCUCAAGAUCUCCCCCCAGGGUCUUUAUGGUACACAAAAAUCCCUCUAAAAGCUCCUCGAUCAGCACUUUAUCUGUGAAAAAAGUUAUGUAUGAAUAGGCAUUGUUGUAGGGGGUCAAUUCAACAGUUCAACGCUAAAUUAUGGAGUUCCUUAUUUAUGAGCUGGGUAACUAGAAAUAAUGCUCAUACAUUAAAAGCUGUAGCUUAUUUUGUCUUUUGUUUUAAAUUAUUUCCUUUUAUGAUUUUAUUCUAUUUAUUUCAGAUAAACUUUCACUCAAGAAGCACUGUGGUUUAAUAGGUUCACCUCAAAGUGCAAUCUUCCUUCCUUUUUUCCAUAUCACCUUCAGACAUUGUUAUGGGAAACGGGACCACAAGUCCGUCAGAAAGUAUUUAAUAUCUAUUCUCAUAUACAUUUAACUUUUUUUUAUAACUUAUUAUGUCAUCAUUUCACUAGCUAUUUAAUUUAAGACAUUUUUGGCAAUAAAAUGGGGUUUUGUGAAGUUUACUGGAUGUGCCUGCUUAUCAGGGGAGCCACGCCUGCCAGUGGUGUGUGCGCAGUGCUUCCAUUUAAGCUUUGGGACUGAAAACUGUGGAAUCUCCCUAAUCACUGAAACUAAAUUAUGGGUCUAUUGUAUCGCUGCCUAUAAUGUAACCAUAGAAAAUUACACUAAUAUUUUGUAACUAAUUUAUGUAGGUUGACAAAGAAUUCUAAUCACUGACAAAUUUAAUAUUUUAUUAAGAAAGCAAAAUGAUUUUCAAUCUGGGACGACCUUUGUAAUAUAUGAAUUAUAGAGAAAUGUAUGAAGGUUAUCGCUCUCUAGCAUUCUGAAGUAUUUUUCAUAGGCAGUCUUAUGGUUAGAUAUCGUAGCGAAAAGCCACUAAAACUAAGUAAAUUGCAAAGAUCAAUUUGAUUGUAUUCUGAAUUUCUUGGAAGUCUGUGACUUGGGUUACAUUAUGUUAUAAAUGACACAUGUAAAGGGUUUUGGUGGAUAAAAACUGCAUAUAUUAUACAAUUUUUAUCGCACACACAAACCCUGAAAACUGAAGAGUUGCCUCAUUCAUGACAGAACAAGACCUUUCGAAGGUGAUUCUUCUUUCACCUGCUCGACAGUUGAAGGCACUAGAGAGUUGAUGUACAUAUCUCACCCUUUCUACAGCUGUUUCAACAGCCUUUCUGGACCCUUUAGAAAUUAUGCAUGCAGGUCCUGUUUGUUAAAACUUGUUCUGAUUAAUUGUAUACUUUGAAAAGUGCUGCGUGCACAUCGGAAAUGUAUUAUUCGCUUUUUGCCUUUUUGAUUACUUUGAAAAUCCAUCCGAUAUAUGUUCUUACGCCAUGAAGAGGGCACUGAGUUUUGCAAGCAAACGUUUGUUUUCUCUUGUACAAAACAUCAAUUCUCAUGAAGAAAUGGCAACAGUGAGUGUUUAUCAAUGUAAUGUAUUACAGUACAGCUUUUUUUAUUUUAUUUUAUUUUCAAAGAACGUGUCUUACUUUUUGCCUUUUGUUUUGUACAUAUUUCUGCUUGAAUGGUCCUGCAGAGCAAACAAAGCUGCUUUAUUUUUUAUUCACACUUUAACCUGCUGUACAAAAACAGUUUCUUUCAUCUAAGCCAUUUUGACAGCCUGUCCCUCCAAAUAAUAAUUAAAAAAAAACAUUUUCUAAA